UUAUUGUCAGUUAGUGUUUUUGUUGGGAUUUGUAGGUUAGGUUGAAUCUUUAUACGCUCGGUUUGGUUUGUAAUGACUAUUUAAUCUAAUUAAAGUAAAAUAGAAUGAGUGGCAGCAGUAAUUAUGAAAAUAGGAAAUCCAUUGGGAAGGGGGGUAAUUCUCCCGAAUAUAAUUAUCAUCCAAACAAUACACAACAGUCGCCGCAAUCCCCGUCUUAUCAUUGGGUUAAUCAACCCCCACCGCCACCACCUGCAUCUAAUUUAGCAAAAGACACCACUAAUAACUCAAGCAACUCUGGUAGUGAUAAUUAUUAUUUUCAAUCAGGUGAAGUAGUUUCACCACCAACUAUCCCUUGGCAUGGAGAGCAAAAUCAUACCUUUAAAAUUCCCUUUCCUCCACCUCAUUUUAGGCCACCGUUAAACAAUAGGAUGAGAGGUCAUAAUUUUCGACAAAGUGGUCAGAAACGUCCACAUUCUAAUGAUGACAAUUAUUUCAGAUCUCCUUAUGCAAAAAACUCCUUUCCUCCUUCUCUCCCUCCUCCUUAUAACACUUAUAACCCAAAUUAUGGUAAACAGUCAAACUAUAGCAAUGGUCCACCAAAUGAUGCAUCUGGUUAUCAUUUUGUUAAUCAAAGAUUUUUUAAUACCAGGCGAGGGUACCCGUCAAAUAGGCCCUACCGACGAAUACUGCAUAACAAAUGGCCUUCAAGAGAAGUUAAUGAUACAAGUGAUACAAGAACUAAAUCUCAAAAGAAGAGAAAAAAGCCCCUAUCCCAAAAUAAUCCCAAGAGGAGAGAUUGGAGCCUUGAUGAUGUUAUCAAAGCUCUUUCUUUAGAAAAAGAAUUAAAUAAAAAGUGUAAAAAUCAUUCCUUGAUUAUAAAAUUUCCUGAUCAUGAGCUUAAUAAGGACAUUGUGAGUGGAUUUCAUCCAUCUAUAGAAAGUGUUCAUUUUCAGCAGCCUUCUACUCCAAGAUUUUGUUUUAUUACAUUAAAGGAAUCUGUUGACCCAGAUGCAGUUAUAGCAGCACUUAAUAAACAAAAAUUUGGAGAUGGCUAUAUAGCAGCAGAAUAUAAACGUGAAAAAGAAGAUGAACAAAGCAGUAAUCCUGAAGACAUUGACCCUCUGGCGUUAUAUGUGGGCAACUUAACUCAAGAAAUAACAAAAGACGAUAUGGUCAGCUUGUAUCCAAGGAGUAAGCGAAUCGACAUCGGUUUUGCAAAGAAAAUGAAGUAUACGCGCUACGCGUUUGUGCGAUUUCGAACAGUUGAAGAUGCUAUAGAGGCAUUUAAAAGCACUCACGAUAAACAAAUGUACAACAAGAGUUUAAUAGUUCGAUUUAGACGGUUUAACGGACCUGUGGGUAUGCCAGGUGAACCUAAACCCCAGAAACAAAAAGAUGCUGUACAAAUUGAUAUUUCUGAAGAAGCGGACGCAGAUGAAAAAGAUUCAAAGUCAAAAAUAGAAAAAGUGGACGAAACGUCAAAUAUUUUCGCAGAUCUUUGGAAAAACGCUGACGAAAACAUUGGGGAACCAUUCAGGCCUAUUAUGAUUAAGAAGGAGCCCCUUGAAUGUGAUGAUGAGGAUGACGAUGAGGAGUAUGAAUCUAAGCCUAUUGUAAGAGAAUUCACGACAUCAUUUGCGGAAGGUUCAAUUGAUAAGUUAUUUUCGAAAAUCAAACCAAUAAAGGUCAAGAGCGAAAUUAAAAAAGAAAAAGAUGCUGAUGAUGAAGAAUUCGAUCAACGAGACACCGAAACAUUACCUCCAAAUGAAUCUGUUAGCGUUGACAAUAAAAGAAAUGUCUCUAUCGAUCAAAUUAGACGGACUAACGAAAAUUGCAGUGGCAAUGCAAUAAAAACUGAGCCAGAUGUAUAUACAAAAUCACAAGAAAACGAAGAAAAUGCUUACGAAGAUGAUGAUGAUGAUGAUGAUUACUUUACGCCUGAUUUCAGUGCUACAUAUAAAAGUAUGGUGGAUGCAGGACAACAACUAAGAAACAUUUCAAAAUAAAAAAGCCGACAUAUGGUCAAAAUAUUUAAUGCAGUUUUACAGGCUUUGAUCUCAAUUUUUAACUACUCUUUCGUAAUAUAUAAUCGGUUAUUGUAAAUAUACGUAUUUAGUAAAAGUUUUAUGCUAAUUUAAGUUUUAUUAAUUUAUAAUUAUUUACUAUUUGAGCAUUUCUAAAGCAAUUAUUGUAUUU